UGAGAUGCAAAGCCUGGCGCAAAGCAGAGCUCUCGGAGCAGCAUGUUGCAGGGGCUCUUCUAGGGGUCCGAGGUGAGGAGGCCACGGCCCACCACCCUCACCCAUGUACCAGGAGAAGGCUGACUCUGUCACUCAGGGCUUCACCGAGCCAUGCCCAGCUGGGGCCGACACCAGCCACAUCUUUCCAGCUGCGCUGCCCAUUACCAGACAGAGCUCCUUAACCCGAAGCCUCUCUGACCAUCCACUUGGCAAAGACCUGCAGGCCAUGAGGACCGGUCAACGACAGAACAAGGGCAUGAGGACUCGACUGGGAUGCCUGUCGCACAAAUCAGAUUCCUGCAGUGACUUCACAGCCAUUCUUCCCGACAAACCCAACCGUGCUCUCAAGAGACUCUCCACGGAAGAAGCGACGAGGUGGGCAGAUUCCUUUGAUGUGCUUCUCUCCCAUAAGUAUGGGGUGGCGGCCUUCCGUGCCUUCCUGAAGACCGAGUUCAGUGAGGAGAACCUGGAGUUCUGGCUGGCCUGCGAGGAGUUCAAAAAGACCAGGUCAACGGCGAAGCUAGUCACCAAGGCCCACAGGAUCUUUGAGGAGUUUGUGGAUGUGCAGGCGCCUCGGGAGGUGAAUAUCGAUUUCCAGACCCGAGAAGCCACGAGGAAGAACAUGCAGGAGCCAUCCCUGACUUGUUUUGAUCAAGCCCAGGGGAAAGUACACAGCCUCAUGGAGAAGGACUCUUAUCCCAGGUUCCUGAGGUCCAAAAUGUACUUAGAUCUGCUGUCCCAGAGCCAGAGGAGGCUCAGUUAGACCUCGAAUGGGGACUCUUGGAAGUCACUGGCUUUCCCUUCCCCUUGCUGCCAAGACCAUAUUCUAAUGUGAAAUGUCAGAGAUGUUCAAAGGCACUGGGGUUUGGGGCGGGAGGCUGAGGGUGACAAGGGAAUGAAGGGCUGUUCCAAAGUACGACCCAGCUGCUGGGGCUGGGCCUCUCUUCUAUUUACCCAGAUCUGUGUUUUGGUUAGAGGUAGCUCCUCUGCUGUCACCCUUCCUUCUCUGGGUGGGUCAGUCACUGGCCCUUUAUAACGCCUUCGGUCAUCUCUACUGAGAAGGCAGAUUCACUGUGCCGGGCUACUUUGUAAAUAAUGCAAACGCAUUUACCAUCACCUCACCACCACACCCUCUUCACUAGGAUUCCAGAUCUUCACCUUGUCCUUUAACCAAAGGAGGAGUAGUUAGAAGACUCAGGUUCUCCCUUGAGACUUACUGUCACAAACCAGUGGCCCAACCUGAGUACCUGGACCUCACAAUUCCUAGCACCACUGACGGGUGACCUCUGACAAAAGACAUAUUCCCUGGAGUUGACUGUGUCUUCUGUUUCUGCAGGACCAAUAUGAGAGUCUGGGGUCCUUUCUUAUCCUAAGGAAUUCACCAAACUUCUUUAUACUUGCGAUUCCAAGAAAGGGUCUUGGGAGAUUCCUCCCGUGACUUCUGAGUGGAGCUGCCCUUUUGAGAGAGAGGCUUUGUGAAUCUUCCGUAAUUCCAUCAAGAGCUUUUCUAGAAGCCGGGUGAUCAGGAAAUGUAGCAUCAGUAGACUUUUUGCUCAAAAUGAGGCUCCAUAUAACCUGUCUGUUGCCUAAUGUAUUCUGUGCCCUUACCUCCCCAUGGCUUCACAUAUCACCGAUCUUUUAGGACGAAAGGCAGCUUGGCAAAGGGAGGUAAAAUUCCCCAUAGCAUGACAGCUUUCCUAGUGCCUGAUGCUUUUCCUGUCUCUCCACCUCCUCCUUCCAUGCAGGCCAUGUAACUAUGAUGGGGGAGAAUGGGAACCUAGGCGGAAACUCUCAUUGCAGCUUGCUUCCUGGGCAACCUUUCUAAGGAAGGUUUCACUUUGGGCUGUGUAGAAAUAGCUUCCUUCUUGGUCUCUAGUCUUUGGGACUGAACAUGAACUGGGAAGAACACUGUGAACAUCAGGCGGUGGAAACUUUCCGACAGUGCUUGUGUGGUACCCUGAGGCUGCUCUUGGAAAUGCACCAGGACGCUCUUUCUUGGAGGAGGCAUGAGCAACGUGGAAUCUCUGCAGUGACCCAGGAGGAAACUGACUCUGCUAUCUCCUGCAGUGACAGGGAGAUGAACCUUCAGCGUAGAGACCAGAUAAUGGAAGAUGAGCCUGGAAGCUGAUGGCCUCUGGGUGAACCGAAUCAGAGAAUGUAGAGGAGUCACUCCUGUGAUCAUUCGCAACCAGUCAAGUCAACUUGGGCUUACUGAUGAGCCAUGAACUUUCAGCUUGAGCAAAUGAAAUAGUCCACGGCCAGGCUGCCCUGGAAAGUAGGCGGUAGAAAGCUGGGCUGACAUUCUCCUUUUGUGAGGUGCUAGCCCUUUUGAGGUAUUGUAGGGUUUGUAUUCUGGUCUUGGAGAAUCAGUUUCUUGGUUGUAGCCAGACAAGGCCAAGAAGGCCCUUAAGUCCUACCCUGUUAGUGCCAACCGCCCUUCUAGUGGCACAUUGUCAUUUGUGAAUGGGUGUUGGUUUCUGUGUGUAGACUUCAAAGAGAGAGAAGAACACCUAUUUUCUAGGCCUCACAUGGAAGAGACCUGAGGCAGUCACAUUUAAUAAGAACCCUGAAGCUUCAAAUAGCAUCCCAGUUAGGUCAGAUAGGUUUCCCCACCCCGAUAUAAAAAUAUUCUUAGCUAAAGCUGCCAGAACUAAUGUGAUGAUUAAAUUCUCUAACAGGGUAUUUUAAACAUUGUUUACAUAUGAAAUGUGCAUCUGCUACCAAUGCUACUGUCCAAUAGGAGGUGCAUUGGACAGUAUUGGACCCGCAGUGAUGGAAAUGUCCUAGAAAGGUCUUCUCACCCCUUGUACUGUCCCAAUGCAGAAAGGCUCCACGUACAUCCUGCAGCACCUUUGUUUGGGGCCUAGAGUUCUUGCCAACUAUUGGUGGAAAGAAGGUUGCAGAGGGUGAUGUCAUGAUACCUGGUGACCCCUUCCCACUUGCGAGGUAUGAAGAACCAAGUUUGUGUAUCCUGACUUUUGUAGCUAGACACGGGCAUGUGAGUUUGUGUCUGUGUGUAUGCGUAGAGGAGCAGAUAGCUCUGUUUAUGCUACUCUCAUGGAGCAUCUCGUGUGUGUAUGUCUGUGUGUGUGUGUGUGUGUGUGUGUGUGUGUGUUGUGAGUCUUUGGGCAGUACACUGCAGACAUGAUCUUCCCAUGUGGGUAGCUUUUCACAUACCCCAUCUCCCCAGCUUCUCAUAGGAGACACAGAACUUCUCACCCUGACCCCGCCUCUUAGGCCUUUUGGUCAUGCUGGCCCAGAUUGUGGUCUGUGAUGAAACAGAGAAAUGUUUACAACAUCUAGAGCAAUAUCCAAGCAUACCUCAUCUCUGAGCUUCCACGUGUCCCAGUCCCCUCCCCUCAGUUCUUCCUCUACGAGCCUUAUCUGCCUCCCUGGGUUGUCAUCACAGUGCUGCCUUUUCCCUUUCAUGUCUUCCUUUGCUCCAGUCAUGCAGAGAGUGCUGACGACUGGCCCUGGACUCAGGCCAGCCCAGGCAGCAGGGUACAAUGCUGUGGCUUUCUAUCCCUUGGUCCUACUGGAGUAUUUGCUUAUUUUUGUUCGGGUGUGUGGUUUGCUGUUGCUCUCAUGGACCAAGCAGAUCUCAGUCACUGACAGCUUUGGCACUCUGGGUUGGAUGAGAGAGUGAUCCUCUGAGCAGGCAGUAUAUAUUAUUAAACCUAGGCAUGAAUAAUAGGGGUCACCCUGAAAGCCCCUCACAAAUGUUAAUUCCCAGCUUCUGUACUCAGAGACGCUGAUCUCAAACUUAGGGAAGGGACCCAUGAAGCAACAUUGAAAAAAGAAAAGAAACCCUCCUGGAUAUGUAAUGGCGUGUGGGCAUUGGACAAAAUGGCCCAAGACUGGUUCUUAACUUCAUUGCUCACAGGCUUACCUGGGGAGCACCAAAAAACAAACAAACAAACAAACAAACAAACAAAACCUAACUGUUUAAUGUCUACCAAAUAGCUAAAUCAGAGAGGCCUGGAGGGAGCCAGGUGGCAGCAGUUUUUAAUAUUCCACUAGCGGUCCCAAUGUCAGGAAGCAGUGGUAGCCUAAAGAAUGAAGAGGAACAGACUGACAGUGAAGAAAAAAAAAAAACUAAACUAAACAAAACAACAACAAACCCAGCAGUGAGGAGAAGGCACAGCAGCCCACCUGGAUGCAAAAAGCACAAAGAGCAGGACACCUUGCGUGCUCCGCAGCUGACUCUUGGAGUGGUUGCUUUGUGCCUCUCACUCCGACUUGCUCCUUUGAGGCCACGUUUGUGAUCAAGCUACUUGCACCAGGUGGCAGCAGGUCAUGCCAAGGCGGGGAACAUGAAGGGCACUUGACUGAGAGCUGUUUUGCCAUGCUUCCCCUGCCCUUCCCACAGCACUUCCUCCAGGCCUGCAUCAUGAACUCUAUCCCUGUUUGUUUUCAUAUACUCUUGUGUUUGGCCCUUUUGCAUCAGGCAGUGCCUCUGUACCCAAGGCCAUGCAAUAGGAUAGCUGGAGCAUAGGUAGUGAGUGAAGAGUGUCUUGGUAGUGAUGACCGUGGUACAAUAGCUUCCAAAUUUCGUCCCUUCCUGAAGAGGAUCAAAUGGGGGGGGGGUGCUUUCCAAGACUACGGUGAGAUGUGGUUCCCUGCUUCCAACCCUCACUAGCUAUUUUCUCUUUGGUCCCAUGUUGGGUAGGCAACAAGAAAGCUGCUAGCUGGCUCUAUUUUCUGGUGCUUUCCCCAGAACUUGCUGCUCUGAGAAACCAAAGCUGUGAAAAGGCGAAUGCUCUGCCCAGGUGCUUGCCCUGGACAGGGCCACAAGCCCUGGAUGGUAGAGAAUCAGUCUCUCUGCUGUGAGGGGAAGGCAUGAGAGCUGGGGGAGGGGGAGCAAGGGGGAAGGCUGAGGAGGAAAGGGCAGGGCAGGAGAGCCCCCAGCUGCCAGCAUGGUAGCUGUUUCUCUGUGUCCCGGAGGGAAAGGUGAAGAGAAGGAGCACAUUCAUAGGCAGGAUGGCCUUCUAGCAAGGAUAACACCAGAAUCCCGAUGGCCCUGCAGAGGAACUGUUGUUUCCCUCCCCUGCUUUCAAUCUGCCAAGUGUCUGCUCCCCUUAAAUCCGUACCCCUCCCAUGAAAGCAAGAGAGGUGGUAAGAGCAGUCCUGGCACUGGGAGCCCAUGCCACCGAGCCACUUGGUGUGAGACUGAGGCAGGAGAAGCCAAGAGGAGAGAAGGCUUUCUACUCCUGUGGCUUCUCAAGGACUAUACAAGAUGCUGUAGGCCACAACGGAAGACAUCAGGACGGGACUACUGGCCUCACCCGGUUCUGGGUUUGGGGUCCUCUCCAUAAACUGUCCAUUUCUUGAACUUACUCCCUCUGCUCCCUCCCCCUGCCAGAUUAAGAGAAGGUGACCAGGCUCCCCACGUGCACUGACAAUGGUAGCCUCAGCUGGUCACUCCUGGAGCACAACAGAUUCCUAGCAGCUCAUGUGCCGUAUAAACCGCUUGGCUGACGGAGUCCUCAUUGAGUCCUUUCACUACCAUGUAAAGUGGAGUACAUUCACCUUUACUAUACACAGGCUGUGAGAACAUAAUAAAACCUGAACAAGCUGCCCUCCGCUCUC